CUCAUCUUCAAACAUCACCGUUCGUCGAAACUGCUCGCUCGCAGCGAUGCGCCGUCAUCAUAACCCCAAGCUUUAUCUUUCAGAGGCUUCAACUUGCUCUCCAGUACCCUUUUAUCGAUACCCUGUUUGCACUUCCGUCACACCCUUUCCCAAUGGCAUCCGUAGCAAGAAAAGACCUUCUCAAGAAGGUGUACAACAUGGUCCCGCCCAUGCUUGAGAGUUUCCACAAGGGCCAGCUCGGGCGAGUAGCUGUCAUCGGCGGCAGCGAAGACUACACCGGCGCACCCUACUUCUCCGCCAUGGCCAGCGCAAAGCUAGGCUGCGACAUGUCGCACGUCAUCUGCGAGCCCGGCGCCGCCGCCGUCAUCAAAACCUACUCCCCGAAUCUCAUGGUGCACCCGAUCAUGCGCCAGGAGAAGAACGUCGGACAAUCCGAGUCCGCCGAAUCCGUGUCUGCAGAAGUCGUCGACAUGCUGUCUCGCCUUCACGUCAUCGUGAUCGGGCCCGGUCUAGGGCGCGACAAGCUGAUGCAAGACACAUGCGCGAAGGUGAUCGAGGAGGCGCGGAAGCAAGGCAUCCCGUUUGUGCUGGACGCGGACGGUCUGUUUCUUGCGCAGACACGGCCGGAGCUGGUCGAUGGGUGCAAGGAGUGCAUUCUCACGCCGAAUGUGGUCGAGUUCGGACGGCUGGCUAAGGCAAAGGGCGUCGAUGUUAACGAGGGCGAUCCGGCGGAGCUGUGCAGCAAGCUGUCCAAGGCUUUCGGUGGCGUCACGAUCAUCCAGAAGGGACCUAAGGACUACAUCUCCAACGGCGAGCACACGCUUGUAUCUGAGGGCGAGGGCGGUCUGAAGCGCUCUGGUGGCCAGGGUGACACGCUGACAGGUAGCUUGGCGACGCUGCUGGCGUACCGCAAGGCGUAUCACGAAAAGAUCUGGGAUCAUGACAACAGUAUGGAGCGGAGCGAGACCUUGGCUCUGGCGGCGUACGGUGGAAGCUGCAUUACCAGGGAGUGCUCGAGGCUGGCGUUCAUGGAGAAGGGCCGGUCGCUGCAGGCCAGCGAUCUGACUGAGCAUGUCCACACUGCCUUCUUGAACACCAUUGGCGAGAGGAAGGAGACAUCCCAGUUGUAAGCGGGAGGCUGGUGACUCGACGGUGAAAUCAUGAGAAUAUGAGGAUAAGAUGCCUGGCAAUGAUACGGGCACUGUACACAUGCAUAGCAACGACGAACUGAAACUUAUGCGCGA